CGCAGAGAGGCAGAGAGGGUACCAUUACCCGGCAGAAUCAAUCUUUACUGGAUAUAUGCAUCGUAACCAUAAAUAUCAGGAUUGAUCAAUAUCGUACUAUUUGUAUCUGUCGUAUUCCUGAAUCAUGUGGUUGAAUCGUCAAGGUCCCUGAGGUGUGACCCUGUGGUUCUGGUGUGACUGGCACGGGGACGAUGGAGCCCGAUGUCAUCCGCAUGUACUCUUCCUCUCCUCCUCCGAUGGAGGAUGGUGCGGAGGAGGAUGAUGACGAGUUCGGUGACUUCUCUGGAGUACCCAACAGCAUCAGUCUCACCGAGUUUAACAUAGCGACGACAUUCAGCCAGUCACAGAACCCCACAGCUACCUCUCCCCCAGAGCUCCUCAACAACGGUGGACUCUCGGACCACGGGGGAUCUGCAAAGGCUAAUGGUGUAGUCAUGGGGCAAGGAGACGAGGAGGCCCCGGGGAGGACACUUAGCACAGAGGAGCUUAAACAGUUAGCAGAGCAUUCACAAACCACUACCCACACAGACUCCAUGUUAAUCAGUGGGAGGGACUGGACUGAGGUGGACAAUGUGGACUGUAAUGGCAGUCCGGAGGACACAAGUCGACUCACAAAUGGGUUUGCAGCUUGUGAUGAACAGGGAACCCCUCCCCCCGACACUCAUGCACCUGUGAAAUCCACAGGCCCAGACGCUGCUACCGAGUGCUGCCGGACUUCGAGUGGCAUGGAAAAUGAGGAUGACUUUGCAGAUUUUGCAACAUUCUCCAACACUAACAGUCACGGUCAGAGCAAUGACCUCUCGAACCAGAACACUAACUGGGGAAACCCAUUUGCUGCUGAAUGGCAAGCGGAGAACACCCCUCACCCGAGCUCUGAUGGAGAGUGCUCCAUCCAGUCAGGCUCGGAGGAGAACGUGCUAAGGGACCCUUGUGCUGCUGGGACCGAUGUGCAGUCGCUCUCCACCGGUACCUCGGAGGGAGUGAAAAAUGGAGAUGGAGGUAGUGUCCACUCGUGGCCUGAUGCUGACACCGAAAGGGACCUGGAAACGGACGCCUCACACACUGCGUACGCCGAGCAGACGGAGAUCACCCUUAACGGAGAGGUGCAAGAUGGCUCAGAAGAUGAAGGCGUGAAGGUCCACAGCCCCGGCUCGUCUAGCAUCCAGUGCACAGAUGAGCAGUCCGAAGAGAAGCAAGAUAGCUCGGGUAAUGACAGUGAGCCAGAGACCGAGACGGAGACAUCGUUUGGCCGGCCGCUGUCCACCGACGCCCUGGAGGAGUUUGGUGAUUUCAGCACUACGGGCUCCGUGCCCUCGCCCCCACUACAGGAGGAGACGGCCACGCCAGUGGACCACAGUCAGAUGGCCGAGGACGGAGACGAGGAAGAGUUUGGUGACUUUGGGGACUUUUCGUCAACAUCGGGAGGCUUUGGUGGUGGACAGGAAUUGACCAGCCUCAACUACCCACAGAGACUACACGUGCCAGACGCGGUCACAACAGAUGCAACACACACCGACUUUAGGGAGGACUCAAAAUUGCAGACGGAGGAGUUGAGCUCUGUUUCCUCCAGAGACCCAACAGAGUGUGAAUCUAAGGCAGACAGUGAGCAGCAGCCAGAAGAGGAUCCUGGGAAUAUACCUGUCAGUGACAGUUUCGCGGACUUCCACUCGGCUCCUGUGGGGGGCGAUACGAGUGGGGGGACGGAAGACUGGACGGCCUUUGAGGAGCAGCCGGAAGAGAAGGACGCGGCUUCUGAAGAGGAAUCGUGGGCGACCUUCGGGCCGCAGCAGUCCACAGCACUUUCGGAGGAAGCCUCAGAGGAAGACUGGCAAGAGAGCCAGCCGCCACUCACAGUGCCUCCCAGCUGUAGCAGCGACAGCAGCAGGACGGAUGGUGCAACAGCUGCACUGUUGAGUCGGUUGGAGAGGCUCUUCCAGAGUAGUUUUCCUGAGGCCCCCAUGGCACCUGUGGAGGAGGAAGUGUUUCACCUCCAGAGCUUCCUCAAGCCAGCAGAUCAAUCACUACCAGAGGGGCUGGAGGGUGCAGCACGGAACAAUAGGGGUGUGCAGGACGUGUGGACGCAGCUGCAGGACAUUCACAAUGCCUUUGGCCUCCAGCAUCAGUGGGGUGGUUCCCAUAGCAACAAGAUGUUGUUGUGCUCUCUGGGAAUUGACACAAGGAACAUAUUGUUCACUGGGCAGAAGAAGCAGCCGGUCAUUGUUCCCAUGUACGCUGCCAGUCUGGGAAUGCUGGAGCCCACCAAAGAACCAGUGAAACCCGUCUCCGCUGCGGAGAUGAUCGCCUCUAUAGCACAGAUGCCAGCAGUGGCCACUGAAAUAAGCACCACGACUGCAGACACAGGCCAGGAGGUGCUCCCUCCUGUCCAGUUUGAUUGGAGCAGCAGUGGCCUUACGAACCCUCUGGAUGGUGUGGACCCUGAGCUGUAUGAGCUCACUACAGCCAAGCUGGAGCAGAGUGGCACAGGCAGCCGGGUAGCUGAUGCCUUCGCUCGCCUUAUGUCCACUGUGGAGAAAACCAGCACAUCCACCAGAAAGCCGCGCAAGGAGGAGAACCUGAGUGAAGAGGCUCUGAAGGUGAUCAGCUGCCUGCCCGACCUGUCCUUCAUGCAGGCCAAGGUGCUGAUGUUCCCCACCUCCCUCACGCCUCUGGCCUCCGCCUCCUCCCACAUGGUGGAGUGACGGCCGCCCGCCCGCCCGCCCGCCCGCCCGCCCGGCCUCGCGGCGCCUCCCAUCCACUGCUGUCCUCUGCUGUGCUUCAUCCCGGGCCUCAGCAACUCGCUCUCCAGCCAUCUGAGUGUCACCUUCGCUUUCUUGGUUCUCAUAUCAUUUUUUACCGACCUUCCGCAUUCUUUUUUUUUCGUUAUUUUUUUUUUUUUUACGAGUUUUUACUCAUUUUAGUAAUAUUUAACGAUAGCCAGUUAUGUUGGAGGGGUUGGUGGGUUCGCCCAGGGAAUAUUAUUGUGGUUGCAGAACAAGAACUGGAAACGAUACUGUUUGAAUGAAGAGAAUGUGUAUGCAUUGGUUUAUAGAUCAUGUCCUUAAAGAAGUUUGAUUACAAGAAUUUGUUAGAAGAAUCAGUCUGUAUAUAAUCAGGGAUGAUUUUUGCUCUUUAUUCAUUUGAGGAUUACUUUAAUCAACGGUGUGGGUGGGCUGUAUGAUAAUGUGUGUCUUAAAUGAGGAAACACUGGUUUAAAAUCCUUUAGGUGAGGUGCAAAUGAAGUGAUAUGAAGAUAUAUAACUUGAAUACCACACUGCCUGCAAGAUCCAGCUGUCAUCUUUGUGCUCUUGCUUAGUUUCAUCUGUUUGGUUGUGAGGGCGCACCCACGUUUUGCUCAGACUUGAUUUCCCAACACAUACAGUAUAUGCACCAUUACUAUGAGAAGAGGUUUAUUACACUUUGCGUUGGCCUGUACUUUCAUCACGUCUCCCUUGAGGAAAACACAUCUAAAAUUGUAACUUCGAAGUACAGGUGGCAGCAUUCUGUAGCUGUGUGUGUGUAAUGUGUGUAUGUGUAGUGUGUGUGUGUGUGUAUAUGUGUGUGUGUGUGUGUGUGUGUGAGAGAGAGAGAUAGGGAGCGAUAGAGAGAGGACGAGAGAGAAUAUGUUACACCUGCUGUAAUCUGGGGAAUAUUGUUUGGAGUUCAUGCACCUUUUUGUUCUUUUUUUUAUAUAUAUAUAUUUGUAGUUUUAGUCAAAACCACUGGCAAAUAUUUAUUUUGAAGGAACAGAAAAGCAAGAGUGAAGGGUCAGCUCACUAGGGAACAAGGGACCAAUUUCUGCUUCUUUUUUGUGUGUGUACCCUGUGGUUUAUAAGUGCUUUCUCUCAUCAUCUGCUGGCAUUACUCUGUAUCUCUCAUUUGCAUUUCUUUCCUCUUCAUUUUUGUCAGUACCACUGUUAACCUGUGUCCUGUCCUGGAGGAUUUUGCACAUUGUAAUGAUAAAGUGGAUGUACCGUCAUAGUUCUCUGUGGCUGCUGACAACAGAUGAAACUAUGGCCUGUAAAAUGUAUGGGGGAGUUCCUAUGGAAAACGAGUCACUUGAAGAGCCUGUACAGACGUACGUGCAUGCCAGGGUUCUUUUCAGAUUAUAAGUGUGUAAAUUUACUUUUAGUGUACACAACAAAUAAAAAAUGUAAUUUAAGAGUAAAA